ACCUACCAUUUGAUACACAACUAGCUAAUACAUACAUGCCUGUAGAUCUUUAUAUAGGGGGGAAAGAACAUGGUGAGAUUCUGUACUUCAUUUGUACUUUGCAAGAUUCUUCAAUCAUUUUCUAAAUGAUAUUGGAAUGGUCAAGCACAGAGAACCAUUUGUUGACCUUUUGACCCAAGGAAUGGUGAUGGGUCAAAGUUACAAGGUCAAAUCUACAGGUCAAUAUAUACCUGCAGAAGAAGUGGAGGUCACAGGUAAUACAGCCAAACAAAUAUCAACUAAUGAACCAGUAGAAUUACGGUGGGAGAAGAUGAGUAAAUCAAAAUAUAAUGGUGUUGACCCACAGGAAGUGUUAGAAGAAUUUGGUAUUGAUUCAACUAGAUUAUGUAUUAUGGGUAACGUUUCUCCUAUGUCAAAUAGACAUUGGUCUAAUAAAGAAUUUAAAGGUAUUGUGAAGUGGCAGUAUAGAAUUUGGAAUCUGGUUGGUGAAUAUUUAACUCACUCAGGAAAAGAUAACCCUGUACCAUCUUCUAAACAAGAACUUGAUCAAUAUGAUAAAGAAAUAUUUGAGAAGAGAAAUCAGGCUGUUAGAGAGGUUUCCUUUCAUUUUAAGAAGACUUAUUUAUUAAAUACAGCCAUUUCACAACUUCAGAGUUUUACAAAUAUAUUGAAGAAAUGUCCACAUGGUAUUAUGUAUGAAAGUUAUGAAUUUGAAAGAAGUUUAUGUGAUUUAAUUAUAAUGAUAUCACCUUUUGUUCCGAUGUUUGCCUCAGAAGUGUGGACAGCUUUAACAUCUGUAGCUAGACAAACAGAUCAUAUAUAUCAGUGGAGUGAAGUUGUGUUAAAUCAGAAAUGGCCAAUUGUUGAUGAAUAUUAUCAGUAUCCAUUACAAGUUAAGUUUAAUAAUGGUGAUUGGGGUGAGGUAAAACUACCUGUAGGGAGUUUGAAUAACUUGUCGACAGAACAAGCCAAAGAUGUUUUAUAUCAGAAUCAGCCAUUUCAAGAGUACUGUAAAGACAGAGUGUUAUCAGACUUUAAAUUGAUAGUUAAAAAAGAUUAUAGAGCUGAAAUAUAUAUUACAUCAAAAUACACUGAGGAGAAGAAAUUAGAGAUGAAAAAAGCCAAAUCCAUGAAAUCAAAGAGUAUAGCACAAAAUAACUGAUGAAACCAAUUCGAUUUUCAGUAGGGGUUUGUAAUAUGGUUUCAGCACUUGGAAUUUCAUGGAUUUUUUCCCUGAUUUAGACAAGUUGUUUUGAAGGGACAGUCCCAGAUUGUACAGGGUUGAUAAACACAGGAUAAUUUAAGGAAAUGAAAUGUCGUUUAAAACCCUACUUUUCUGUCCCGACUGAUAAUUUAAGGAAUUCCGUUGUUGUUAAGUUGUACAAGUGACUGGGUAAUAGAGAUACACUUUUACCACUUAUGCAUGUAUGUAUGUAGACGUUGGCUACUCAGGCACUUGGGGACUUAAUCACCACAUAUCCAAGCGGAAAGUUAGUAUUUCUGCGAAAGAGUAACGGAGAGCUUCAAAUAGUUAUACAGAACUAGUACUGCUGAGCUUGGGAUGGUUGCACAGGACAAGGAUAAGGUACCACCGAGCUUAAGGAUAAGGUCCCACUGAACUUGCGAUAGUUGUACAGGAAAAGGACAAAACUAUAAUCACUCAAACUUAGUAUUAGUCAAAUAGUAAUGGGGAGAGAGAAUACCAACAAGCAUGUAAAUUAGUAUUGACUGUAUCUGUGGCAAUUUUCGACAUAAAUCAGUGCCAUAUUAUUUACAUAAGUGUAUUAUUAUUAUAUAAGUAUUAUAUACUUGUUUUGUUUAUAGAGUAUAGUAUGAAUAUAUAUUAAACUUAUUGCAACAUUUGAAGAGUAUUUUACACAGAUUCAUCUUGUUCUAAAGCCAAGAGCACGGUCAUUUUCCAGGGCAAUUUGUAAGGAAUUUUUAUUUGCCAUCAUAUUCAUAUUACUAGAACAAAUCACCCAUAAUUAAUCAUUGUGAUGGCAACAGCCAUUUCUGGCGGCUCUGAAAUCGUGUAUAUAAGUGGCGUGUGUGUGGUAACAAGCAAUAUUUUUGUUUCACCAACAUGUUGCUGGGCAUAACGAGAUUUUAAACCAUAGAUGUUGCAAGUUUGAUCUGUCACAUGAUGAGCUGUAGAAAUCUUUGAAAAUCUGGAAAUAUACUCAUGUCUGGAAAUGCACACACGUCUAUGAUUUUGACUGUAGGGUUGGUUACCCAGAGUUGCUCAUUGCUUCAACAAACCUGUGUGACUACAAACAGUGGAUAUCUUUAACAGCAAAUAAAUAAAAUGUGUCCAUUCCCUCUAUAAAUCACUAUAAUGUAUAAAAAGAUGCUAUCUUUAAAUACAGAUCAUAUAAAGAUACAAUCUUAUCAACAUAUUUCAUUGAUCGAGACUAACAUAUGGCCAUGUGAAGUAAUUUGUCAGGGCGGUAGUCAGAUGGCAUUAACCCACUGAUUAAAUAAAAGAUAUUAUUUUAUGAUCAGUAGUGGA